CGGAUGUGACGACAUACCAUGCGGAAAAACACACUCAACGUGUGCACGCUGGAGAGGGUCUGGUCUGAAAAAGUCUUCUUCCAACUAACUUCGCUGUGACUAUAAGGAAGAAAAAGCGAAAAGACUAGCAGCAUGAACCAGCCGGGACAUUAUCCUCCGCCGGACUUCAGCUGUCCUCCUCCGAGCUCCUUCCGGCAGCAGCAGCAGCAGCAGCCCCGCUCCAGCAGCUUCCAUCCCAACAUGUGGAGCUGGGGCGAGACCCCCUGCGAGCCCAGCUGGGACUACAGCGGCAGCCCGGCAUGGCAUCACGGGCCAGGGUAUGGUUUCCAAUCAGGUCGCGGAAACUAUGGCGCUAAACGUCCGCACGGUCAAAACUUUGGUCAGGGGUGGCAUCAAGGUGGACAUCCCGGUGGAGGACAGAACAAUGGACCCCCCAACCAUUACGGGAAAAAGCAGAAAAACAAGAAGGAGCCAGAGUACAGCCAUUUCUGUGACACCUGCGACAGAGGCUUCAAAAACCAGCAGAAGUACGACGAGCAUGUGUCGCAACACGUCAAGUGUUGUGUGCCCGACUGCAGCUUUAUGGCUCAUGAAAAAUUGGUCGGCAUACACUGGAAAAACAACCACGCACCAGGAACCAAAAGGAUAAAGCUGGACACACCGGAGGAGAUUUCGAAAUGGAGAGAGGAGAGGCGCAGAAAUUACCCAACGCUUCAGAAUAUCGAGAAGAAGAGAAAGGUCAUGGAGGUGCGGGAGGAGACCGGAGGCGUUCUGGAAACGGCUCAGUUUGGACGAAUGCGGGGAAGAGGAAGGGGCCGAGGUAGAGGCCGCGGGGGGAAUAAUGCGUGGUUCAAAGGGCGACACCAACAGCAUCCUCAGCCUUUGGACGACAGUGCGACGGGGAAGCCCAAACCUCUCAGCCACCCCUGUAAGGUCGGGGAUCCUCUGGGAGCGUUGGCCAGCAGUGACCACGACUCCGACAGAGACGACACAGCUACUGAGUCAACGGCCAGUGUCCUGGUUGUGCCCCCUAAGCAGAUGAGCUCGGCUCUGGGCUCCCUAGUGGCAAACUACGGGUCCAUGAGCGAGAGUGAAAGCGACGAGGAACCCGAGGCCUCACCCGUUCAGAGGGCCAAAGAGCUCGUUCAUGAAAACCAGGCCAUCCUGGGCAGGAUUCCACCAAGCUGUGAGGACAGAGGGCCCUUCAGAAGCACGGAGACUUCCUCACGUGGCACCGAGGCUCCCGGCGUCCACCAGCCUGAGUGUGACCCUCACAGGAACAGAGGGAGAAGAGGGAGACGGGGAGGAAGGGGAGGCAGACACCAAGAUACGCCACAGACACGUCGGGCCACUUUACUUGAGAUGUUACUGGCCUCAGAUAUCCGCCACGAGAGGAACGUCCUCCUCCAGUGCGUACGCUACGUCGUGCGAAAAAAUUUCUUCGGACUGGAGAGCGGGAGUCACAGCCAGGAAGGGACAAAAGGCCGGCAAGCCAUCACAAGCUCAGAGCAUAAAGGGAGGCAGGAAGACAGGGUUGCAUCGCAGCCCGCCUCUCUGGUUGGCGGCGAGAGCGCCGCACCCGUCCCAGCAGAUGGUUACCUAGAGGCUAGGAAAACAAAUAAAGCUGCCGUGGCUGAUCAGGGUAACUCAUCUUCAGGGGAGAGCGGCGAUCCCGCGGACUCGAUCCAAAAUGCAGAGGAGACGGCUGCCAGAGACUGUAAUGAUUUAACCGUCGCAGAUAAAGUCAAAUCUGCUUCUCGGAUGUAUGAUGAUGAAAUAUGGGAGAGCCCAGGUGGUGUUUUGUGAAAACGUAGCAAACUAUUUUUUCGUUGUAAAUCAGUUUAAAUCUGUCUGUCCACAGAAAUUAUUUUUUCUUAUUUUUAUUUUUUUAUUUUUUCACAUUUUUUUCGUGUGAUCUGUGGACCAGUGAUGUACUGAACAAAGACAAUCUUGUUUUCUUGUAAAAUAAAUCACAGCAUCUAUAUUAGUAGUUA